AUGGAUCCGGAAAGCAAGAAUUUUGGAAGAGGACCAAGAGAGCUGACUGGUGCUGUUGAUCUUAUAAGCCACUACAAGUUGUUGCCCCACCACGAAUUUUUCUGCAAGCGGUCACUUCCUUUGUCAAUUGCAGACACACAUUAUCUUCACAAUGUGGUGGGAGACACAGAAAUUAGGAAAGGAGAAGGGAUGCAAUUGGAUCAGCUUAUCCAGAAUACCUCGAGAGAUAGUAAUGCACGCAUACAGCCCUUUGACCUGGAUGUACUUAGAGAGGCCUUCCAACUGAAGGAAACUACUCCCAUAGAUUUGCCUUCUGCAGAGAAGGGGACUCCUACCAUCGCUGGGAAAUCAAAAGGUGAGUCCAAGGACAAGGAUAGGAAGCAUAAAAAACACAAAGAUAGAGAUAAGGAGAAGGAUAAAGAGCAUAAGAAACAUAAACACCGUCAUAAAGAUAAAGAUCGAAGUAAAGACAAAGACAAGGAGAAGAAGAAGGAUAGGAGUGGGCAUCAUGAUUCUGGUGCUGAUCACUCCAAAAAGCACCAUGAAAAGAAAAGGAAGCAUGAUGGAGAUGAAGAUCUUAAUGAUGUGCAUAAGCACAAAAAAAGUAAGCAUAAGAGCUCAAAGAUUGAUGAAAUUGGUGUGAUAAAGUUUGGAAGGGGUUUUGACUUAAUGUUGUCCAUUUUUUUGAGUUUACUACCUUUAAUGGGAAAUGGAGCUAAGUUCAAGGAGAUGAAGGUUGUGGUAGAGGUGGCUAUAGGUAGGCCUGGAGGAAAAGAAGAUCUUGAAUUAGGUUUUGAAUUGACUGCAAAUGUGAGAAUGGUGAAUUCACCUGUCAAGAACAUUUGGAUGCUGGGUAGAACUUUGCUUGAAACGGAACUUUGUAUCAUAACAAUGUUAUAG